UCGAAUCCAAUUUUCAUUUUCUAACAAUUUUAAGCAGUCCUCGAAUGCAAUAAAGAAAAAAGCAUCCGCAUUUCACGUGAAAAACCCUAGCUCAGAAACCGGAUAGAACCUCCCACAGUCUCUCUCUCUGAGCUCCGACAAUGGCGGAGCUGCCAGUGAUAACAAUAGGAGGCAAGGGCUCGUCUCUGUCCUCCUCCUCCGUCUGCUCCCUCGCCAAGGGCCUUGCUCAUCUGCGCACCGACUUGUCGGCGCUCAAUCGGCUCGACUCCUCCUCCUCCUCCUCAUCGCCCCUCGCCCACAAUCUCGUCUCUCUCCUCCCCUCCCUCCCAACUGUCGAAGAAUGCAGAGCCUCCCUCGUCGUCCUCCUCUGCAAGCUUUUAUCUCUCUCCGGUUCCCCCAACGUCCGUACGGUUCUCGCGGUACGUCUCGCCGAAGCCAUCAAUUCCCGAGACUUGGAGCUCGGGUCGCUCGUUUUGACCGAAGAGGAGGCUCUUGCGUUGGAGGAAUUCAAGUUAUCCUCAGCUUUGUGCGGGAUAUGUGCGCUUCUGGACCACCAGUCCGCCGCGUUGUCUACUGUUUCCGAUGCGGUGGCAGCGAUGUCUUGCGAGGCGUUGAAGGCCGAUGUAAGGGCGUUUAAUUCGAUGGAUUUGGGGGAUGGGUACGCAGCGAAGGAGGUGAUUGCUGUGGCCAAUGAUUUGAAGGUGCUGCUCAAUGGGUCUAAAUUAGUGGGUAAGCUUGAAAUUGAAGCGGUAUCGGAAAUCCCCCAAAUUCAGAGUUUGAGAGAGCAGGUGAAAUCUUUGCACUCCAAGACUCGAACGGAGCUGAAUUCUGGCGGGAAAGUAGUUACUCCUAGGACAGUGGUGACCACAUUGUUGUCAGUGGCGUCUGCGCUUCAUCACUUGGGUGACCUUAGUUUGUCCCGUGCGAAGAUGAUUGUGGAUGCGGUGGGGAGUGAAGAUUUGAGGUCGAGUUUGGUGGCAUUGUUUGAGAAGAAAUGCCCAAGUGGUGAAAGCUUGAUUAGUGGGUUCAAGUUGGUUUCCCAUUUGGGAUCUGACGCUGAAGUGAAUUAUGAUAAUUUUGCUCACGAAGUGAAUGUGUUAAUGGGAAUUGUGUGGAAGAUUGUGACUUGGGAGGCAAUAACGGCAUUUGUGGUGCUCGAGGGAGCUGAGUUGAAUGUGAAGAAGAGUGAAGGUAGUGAAGUGAAUGGAGGAGGGAAUGUGAGAGUAGAGAAGAAGAGUGAGAAGAAGAAGAAGGUGGUUUUGGGUAAGGGGACUAGUGUUGUAGUACAGUUGAUUAAAGAUAGGUUGCGGGGCAAGGGAGGAAAUGCUGUUGAUAGUUUGGGGUUGUUGGUAAUUUGGACGGACGAGCUUUCAUCGUUUUUGGACCCCAAGGACCCGGAAUUUGAUGGUUUGUUGAACAAGGUUAAGGAGAUAGUGGAAAGCAAUGAGAGUAGAAGACUCCCAAAGCUUCCAAAGGGUACUCGUGACUUUGCAAAAGAACAAAUGGUAGUAAGAAAGACAGCAUUUUCGAUUAUUGAAGAGGUCUUUGAGAGGCACGGUGCGAUGGCCCUUGACACUCCAGUUUUUGAAUUGAGAGAAACCCUCAUGGGAAAAUAUGGGGAAGAUUCAAAAUUGAUUUAUGAUCUUGCUGACCAGGGAGGAGAGCUUUUAUCACUGCGAUAUGAUCUAACUGUUCCAUUUGCUAGAUAUGUAGCUAUGAAUGGUAUCACAUCUUUCAAAAGGUACCAAAUAGCAAAGGUCUAUAGAAGAGACAAUCCAUCCAAAGGACGAUAUCGUGAAUUUUACCAAUGCGACUUUGAUAUUGCUGGUCAAUUUGAAAAAAUGGGUCCAGAUUUUGAGGUUAUUAAGAUUUUGACAGAACUUCUUGAUGAGCUGAAUAUUGGAGAUUAUGAGAUUAAAUUGAAUCACCGAAAGUUGUUGGAUGGAAUGUUGGAAAUCUGUGGAGUACCUCCUGAAAAAUUCAGAACUAUUUGUUCAAGUAUUGACAAGUUAGACAAGCAGCCUUUUGAGCAGAUAAAAGGAGAAAUGGUGGAGGAGAAGGGCUUAAGUGUUGAGACAGCAGACAAAAUUGGUGCUUUUGUAAAAGAGCGUGGACAUCCUUUGGAAUUGUUAAGUAAGCUUAAACAGGAGGGCAGCAAGUUCUUGGAAAGCAGUUCAUCUAUAGAUGCGUUGAAUGACUUGGAGAUCUUAUUUAAUGCUUUGCAAAAAUCAAAGUGCAUAGGAAAAGUGACUUUUGACUUAAGUCUUGCAAGGGGUCUCGAUUAUUAUACUGGAGUAAUAUUUGAAGCUGUUUUUAGGGGGGGUGCCCAGGUUGGUUCAAUUGCUGCUGGUGGACGCUACGACAACCUUAUAGGGAUGUUUGGUACAAAGCAGGUUCCAGCUGUUGGUGUCAGCCUUGGAAUUGAACGAGUAUUUAAUAUAAUGGAGCAGCUUAACAAAGACCAGAAUCAGAGAACACGAGCAACGAAGACUGAAGUCCUAGUGAGUAUAUUGGGGGAUGAUUUAGGACGAGCAGCAGAGCUAUCAACGGAGUUGUGGGACGUAAAAGUGAAAGCAGAAUACUCAGUGAAUAAAAGAGUGACGAAACACUUUGAUCGAGCAAAGGAAUCUAGGAUCCCUUGGAUGAUAAUUGAGGGUGAACGGGAGCGGAAUGAUAAUGUUGUGAGAUUGAAAAACAUGGCGGCUGGCGAGGAAAUCACAAUUUCUAGAGAUACAAUUGUGGAAGAAGUUCAAAAACGGUUGAGUUUGUCAUAAUUUAAUCAGUUAAGGCAUCAAAGAUAUGAAACCAGAUUACCCGAACUUUUGAAACUUAAUAUGUUUUUGGGUAUGCUUUACAAAGUGCAUCUGUUAAGAUGCUUGGAUUGUAAUGUAAGUUGGUGAUUUGAACUUAAUAAAUAAAAUGUGGGGUUGAGUUAA